UAAAAAAUAUAUUCCUGAGUUAAAGUCCUAAAUAAAUAGAAUUUUUGAACAGUGACUUCUAAAUAAAAAGGCUGUAGGGGCCUCGAACUGUUUAGUCUGUGAUCGCGGCCUCAGUGAACCGGUCGCGGAUUGACCUCACACGGUAAAUCCAAUUAUUUCAUGUUAAAAAUGAGGGCAAUCAUUUUAAUAAUUGCAACAGCAACGGCAAUAAGUUGCCAGGCAGCUUUGCCUGAAAUUCGCUUUGCUUGGAAAGAAGUUGACUACGUUUGGGAUACACCGGCUCAGCGUGAAACAGCAGUUAAAGAUGGACUUUUCGUGCAAGCCAAUAAUCUUCCUUUGGGUUUAGCUAGGUGGAAGAACAAAGUGUUCGUAACAGUACCGAGAUGGAAGAACGGGGUGGCAUCAUCGUUAAAUUAUGUCGAUUUGGAUGGAGCUCAGGAUCAACCAUUGAAACCCUAUCCAUCUUUAAAGGAGAAUCUUGUCUCUGAUUCCGCUAAAGAAUUACCGUCAAACAGUUCUAUUAUAUCAGUUUUUAGAGUAUUUGUUGAUCCUUGUGACAGACUUUGGGUAAUGGAUUCUGGGUUGGCAGAUAUUUUAGGAUCACCAAAUCAAGUAGCCGGACCUUCAUUGGUUAUUUUUGACUUGAAUACAAAUCAAUUGAUUCACCGCUACUUCUUCAAAGUCUCCGACAUGAAAGAAGAUUCAUUCUUCGCUAACGUCGUGGUAGAUGUAGACAAAAAUACUUGCGACAAUGCCUUCGCCUACGUGCCAGACUUGGGAGGUUACGGAGUCGUGGUUUACAGUUUGAAGCAAGAUAACUCUUGGCGAGUAACCCACCACUACUUCCACUUUGAACCAUUGGCUGGAACUUACAAUGUCGGUGGCAUCGAGUUUCAUUGGACCGAUGGAGUGUUUGCUUUAGCGCUCUCCGAGCCGAGAGAGAAUGGGUUCCGUACAAUGUUUUUCCAUGCGUUCUCGAGCACCAAAGAAUUCUGCGUAUCAACUGAACUCCUCAGAAACUACACACACAUUGACAAAACCGAGGCAUUCCACGACUUCAAGCUUUUGGGCGAUAGAGGAGAACGUACCCAAUCUUCGGCCAGCUACUACGAUACAAACACGAGCGUACUGUUUUACACGCAGAUUAAUCGCAACGGUAUUGGCUGCUGGAAUUCAAACAAGCCCUACACUCCUGAAAACAAUCCUCUGCUCUUCAGUGAUCCAACAUUGUUCGAAUUUCUUAACGACUUAAAGGUUGACAACGAGGGCACUCUAUGGUUGCUAAGUGACAAGCUGCCUCGCUUCAUUUACAAGUCCCUCGACCCGAACGAGAUCAACUAUAGAAUAUUUAGUAUGAAGGCGUCGGAUGCUAUCGCUGGAAGCGCUUGUGAAUAAAUGACUAUUAAUUUUAAUUUACAAAUGUACAAAUGUGAGAUAAAUACCUAUUACUUCAUAGAUUUCGCUAGUGUUAUGUAUGUAAGUUUCAAUUAUCUUUAUAUAUAUGUACCUCUGCCUUUAUAUAGUAUAUCAAUCAUUUUAAUCAAAAUUACAUUACAAUACUGAUAUUAUUUUAAUAAAAGUAAAAACUUGUAUGUGGUGAAUAUUUUUUUCGUAAUGUUUAUUAUUAGAAGAGAAAAAUAUCUUUAUAUAACUAUUUUAUUUUUCACUAAUAAAAUAAGCCUAAUAAACAGAACACAUUAAACAAUUAUAAUUAAAUGAUUGUUUGACAACUCAGUAAAAUUUGUUUGUUUAUGGAUAAUACCGUUUUCGAAAGAACUUUCGCGAGAACUGUAUUAUAAGAUUAAAUGUUUCUCAGUCGGCUUUUAAUAGAACUUUAUUUCUUAAGUAAUAAUAAAUAACUAAUAUUAUUAUAAUCAUUUAUUUAAUAUAAAUAAUAAUAUUAGAUGUUUACAAAACUCACUUUUUUGUUUUAUAUCAAAUUACAGUUCAUAUAAUUUGUAAAUUUCAAUAUAUGUUAACGUAAUAACUAGAGCUUAUCUGAUGGUCAAUGUCAGAUGUUAUCAAAACGAGGUCACAGAUUGUAAAUUUGAAUACAUAAUUAUCUAAAUAAUGGAAAUAAAAAAGGAUAGAAAGA